CAGGGAAGUUUGGAUGGUGAGCUUCCUCUGAAAAAGAAGACUGACAUAUGCACAAUAAUGUACACCAGUGGAACAACAGGAGAACCAAAAGGUGUUGUUCUUACUAAUGAGGUGAUCAUGACAGAAGUACUGAGCAUAGACCAAUUAUUUGAGAUUACAGACAAAGGGCGUUCAGAAGAGGAUACAUACUUCUCAUUCCUUCCUUUGGCCCAUAUAUAUGAUCAAACAAUGGAGAACUAUUGCAUCUACAAGGGUUGCUCCAUAGGAUUUUGGCGAGGCGAUGUCCGAUAUUUGAUGGAUGACAUUCAGGAGCUGAAACCAACUAUAUUUUGUGGGGUUCCAAGAGUUUAUGAUCGUAUAUACACUGGAAUAUCCAAUAAAAUUGCAUCUGGAGGUUUAUUGUCGAAGAAAGUAUAUGAAUUUGCAUAUAACUACAAGUUGAGCUAUUUAGAGAAGGGUCUGCCACAAGACAAAGCAGCACCUAGGUUGGACAAUUAUGUCUUCAGUAAGAUACGGCAAGCAUUAGGGGGAAGACUCCAAGUCAUGUUAUCUGGUGCCGCGCCAUUGCCUAUGCAUGUCGAGGAGUUUCUGAGGGUCACUAGUGGCACUCCUAUAACACAAGGAUAUGGUCUUACUGAAAGUUGUGGUGGGUGUUUUACAUCCUUAGCCAAUGUAUUUCCCAUGAUGGGAACUGUUGGGGUCCCUAUCACAACCAUUGAAGCAAGGCUUGAGUCAGUGCCGGAGAUGGGAUAUGAUGCCCUUUCCAGCAUGCCACGGGGAGAAAUUUGCCUCAGGGGAACCACCUUGUUCUCAGGUUACUACAAGCGGCCAGAUAUAACCAAAGAAGUUGUUGUUGAUGGCUGGUUCCAUACAGGUGACAUUGGAGAAUGGCAACCAAAUGGAGCAAUGAAAAUAAUUGACAGAAAAAAGAAUAUAUUCAAGCUGUCGCAAGGUGAAUAUGUUGCUGUGGAGAGCAUCGAAAACAUAUACUUGCAAUGCCCUCUUAUUGCAUCAAUAUGGGUGUAUGGGAACAGUUUCGAGUCAUUUCUUGUUGCUGUGGUGGUCCCUGACAAAAAGGCACUUGAGGAAUGGGCGGCAAACCACCUUCCUGAGGCAGUUGAUUAUAAAUCACUGUGCAAAAACCUCAAGGCAAGGAAAUACAUUUUAGAUGAGCUGAAUAGCACUGGUCAGAAACACAAGCUUCGAGGUUUUGAGAUGUUAAAAGCUGUUUACUUGGAACCAACUCCUUUUGACAUAGAGAGGGACCUAGUUACUCCAACAUUUAAACUCAAGAGGCCUCAAUUGCUCAAAUACUACCAGAACCAGAUUGAUGAACUGUACAGUGAAGCUAAGGAACCGAAGGUAUAAGAAGCUGUUUUGGAAGCUUCAAAACCUGAUGUUCAGAUAUACAGAUCUCUAAAAGUUUCCUGCUUCUGUUUCCCAUUUAGUCUUGUUCGUAUACCUUAGUGAAAGAGAAUACCCGACAACUGAAGUGACUUGGAAUGCUGAUCCUUGUUAUUAUUUGUAGAUAAAUAAGAAUGUUUGAAGCUUUCUAAUAUGUGAAAUUAUGUAAACACUAGUCAAAUUUUAAAACUACAAAGAUGUUUUCUGCUGUCA